UUCAGCGAACUCGGUCCGCGGAGGCACGUGUCUGGGUCCAGCGGGAGCGGGGAGGCUGCGGGGGGUGCGCUGGGAGCGGAGAGAGAUCGGGCAGCGGAGCCGGAGCCGCAAAAGGGCAGAAGAAACUUUGUUUCGGGGGGCGGACCGCUGGGGCCACGCUAGGCAAGAGCAGGUCUCCUUCCCUAGCGGAGUCGAGGGCGCUGGGUUUCCUCCUAAGGUUCCUCUCCAGAGUGGGGGCUGUGAGAGAGAGUGAUCGGGAGAAGAAGCUGAAAUCUUGUCGGAUGGGGUCACCCUACGCGAAAUCUGUGGAAAGACAGGACUUACACUCCGGGGCCGGUGGGGAGAGGAGAAGGAAAGGCGUCUGUGCGAAAUCCAUGCCCGCGUGAGCACACGCGCAACAACUUAUUAACUCAUAGUUAAUGGAUAUGUCAGUCAGGGGAGUUGGACCCUAGAAGAGGAAAAUUCUGCCCAGGUGAAAGGAAUCCAGUAGGCCUGAAUGCAGACACGGGUUGCAAAGGGUUUUUGUGAUAUACAGAUUUUUUAAUGUAUAUUGGCUUGAAAGUCUUUAGGAAAAAGGGGAUAAACUUUUCCUGGCCCCUUUAGGCAUGAUUGUGCAGUCUGCUUUGCAUCAGGCCUGAGUAAUAUAUCUUGAGGAAGGAGAAGUUGAUAGUCACUGGGGUUACAUCUGAGUUCCUGAUAAUACACAGUGGGUAGGAAUGGGCAUUAAUAGGUGCCUUCUGGGUUUGCUGAAGUAAUUUCAUAGGGCUUGUUGCACUCCCUAUGAGACCCCCCUAGCUUUUCCUAGGUAAAUUGCCCACUGUGGGUGUUCUGAUAGUAGGAAACCUCGAAGCACCUGUAGUCAAGAUGGGACCUGAUGAAUGAAGACAAGUGAUGGGCAGGGAGUUACACUUACUUGCUAAUCCAAAGUGGCUGAUAAUUUAAAUAAAUCAUACUUUUUCUCUUUGCCUUCCUAAUCAUAACAGGGAGUGUAAAUAGGCUUUCACGUAUAAUCAUUCCACAACAGAUUAUAGAUUGUGAAAUACAUAUGAUGCCUUGGUGUCAUAUCCCAAGUCUGCAGGAGUGUUUUGUAAGUUUCCCACUGUCAUUUCUCCCUAGGGCAUUAAACACUAGAGACUGCAAGUUCCUGUUAGUGUUGUAACUUUGAGGCAACGUGUGUGAGUUAUGAUCUAACGUGGUAACAAGGUCAUAAUUUAAUACUGCUGCAGUGGAGACUGGCUUCUUCAGGGAGCAUUUUGGUGAUAAGUUGAGGAAGCUGUUUUAUGGAGUGUGGACAUCCACAGGCUUUACAAUGGUUGAUACCGAAAUGCCGUUUUGGCCCAUAAGCUUUGGUAUUAGCCCAGUCGAUCUUUCUACAAUGGAUGAACACUCCCAUGCAUUUGACAUAAAGCCCUUCACCACCGUUGAUUUUUCCAGCCUUUCUUCUCCACAUUAUGAGGACCUUCCUCUUGCAAGAACUGACCAGAUAGCCCUUGACUACAAAUAUGAUGUGAAAUUUCAAGAUUGUCAAAAUGCAAUCAAAGUGGAACCUCCAUCUCCACCAUAUUUCUCAGAAAAACUUCAGAUGUACAGUAAACCUCAUGAAGAAGCCUCUAGUUCUCUCAUGGCUAUUGAAUGCAGAGUGUGUGGGGACAAAGCUUCUGGGUUUCAUUAUGGAGUGCAUGCAUGUGAAGGCUGCAAGGGUUUCUUUCGCAGAACAAUCCGUUUAAAAUUAAUCUAUGAUCGAUGUGAUCUCAACUGUCGCAUUCAUAAAAAAAGUAGAAAUAAAUGUCAAUAUUGCCGAUUCCAGAAGUGUCUUGCCGUUGGAAUGUCGCAUAAUGCUAUUAGGUUUGGGCGAAUGCCACAAGCUGAGAAGGAGAAACUCUUGGCAGAGAUUUCAAGUGACAUCGACCAGCUGAACCCUGAGUCUGCUGAUCUGCGAGCCCUGGCCAAGCUGCUGUAUGAUUCAUACAUAAAGUCUUUCCCGCUGACCAAAGCCAAGGCAAGGGCAAUCUUGACAGGAAAGACAACGGACCAAUCACCAUUUGUCAUUUAUGACAUGAAUUCCUUAAUGAUGGGAGAAGACCAGAUCAAGUGUAAACAUUUGACCCCCAUGCAAGAGCAAAACAAAGAGGUGGCCAUACGUAUCUUCCAGCGCUGCCAGUUUCGCUCGGUGGAAGCUGUUCAGGAAAUCACUGAAUUUGCCAAAAGCAUUCCAGGUUUUGUGAGUUUAGAUCUGAAUGACCAAGUAACUCUCCUGAAAUAUGGAGUGCAUGAGAUCAUCUAUACGCUCCUAGCCUCCAUGAUGAAUAAAGAUGGUGUUCUCAUAUCCAACGGACAAGGAUUCAUGACUCGGGAGUUCCUAAAGAGUCUACGGAAACCUUUCUGUGACUUUAUGGAGCCAAAGUUUGAGUUUGCUGUCAAAUUCAACGCACUGGAAUUAGACGACAGUGACCUGGCAAUAUUUAUAGCUGUCAUUAUUCUCAGUGGAGAUCGCCCUGGACUAUUGAAUGUGAAGCCUAUUGAAGAUAUUCAAGACAGUUUGCUGCAAUCAUUAGAACUCCAGUUAAAGCUGAAUCACCCGGAAUCAUCACAGCUGUUUGCCAAAUUGUUGCAGAAAAUGACAGACCUCAGACAGAUUGUAACAGAACAUGUGCAGCUGUUGCAAAUUAUAAAGAAGACGGAGACAGAUAUGAGCCUUCAUCCACUCCUACAAGAAAUUUACAAGGAUUUGUAUUAAGGGUCAUCAAAUUUCUAAUUCAUUAACAUAAGUACGUUCAUCAAAUUGCACUAUUUCUUUAAGAGGGAAAAUAUUACAUACCUAAGAAAUUACUGUGAAAGAAAAACAUUUAAAGAGACAGAGCUUUACUAUUAUAGAUCUAUUUUAUGCAUAUUGUUUAUAAAGACACAUUUACAAUUUGCUUUUAAUAUUAAAAUGUCUGUAUCAUCAAAAUGUUGGCAGUAUUUUCCAGAUUCUUUUUUCCUGACUUAUUUGAUAAAAUAGCACUGCUUUUUCAACCUGAUUUAAAAAUAACAUUGACAUUGGAGUAAGAGUACAGUUCAGCUUCACAACAAACAAGAGUAAUUCCCCCCUCAAGGGAAGUUUUCUGAAUACUUGAUGUAGUGAUGAAUCAACAACAAUUAUACAGGUCACUGCAUUACUCUACAGUGCCCCAAUUAUCUAUGUCUAACUUUUAAAUAUUUUUUUUCAGAAAGGUGCAAAAGGGUCCAAUUUAAAAAGAAAGGGUCCAAUUUGCAGGUUUUUCAAAACAUUCCUGACAUUUAGCUGGGCUUGAAAGAGACUGCCGGAAGAAUGAUUAUUUAUGAUUUACAUUUAUAUUAAAUAAUACAUGUACAUUUCAGGGUGCUCAGGAUACGUAAUGCAAAAUAAGCUUUAUGCUGUUUUAUAGUUCAUUUAUGUCGUAUGCUUAUUUCAAGUGUGAGCUGCACAGCUCUCUUGUUUUCUCUCUGCUGCCUCUAGUGGUAGCUUGGCACAGGACCGGAAAAUCUGAUGUGCCCCUGAGAUGCGAAACACUCCCUGUGUGUGGUGGUGGUGGUGGCAGCGGCGGCAGCAGCAGCAGCAGGCUCUUUUGAUCUUGGCAAAGCUGGCAGCGAGAUCCCUCAUGUGAUUGCCCUCAAGCAAGCCGAACGUUGCAAAGCAACAGGGCAGAUUUUUAUGAGACUGCUGUUUGGAUUAGUAUUUACAGGGUAGCAAGUUGGAACAAGAUAGCAUUUAUCAACUUCUGACUGGGAGAGAAAGGAAAUUGUUUUUCACUGGAAGUGUUUAAUGACUUUGGAAAGCCUACUGGUAUCACUGUUCAGACAGAUCAAGCAUCCAUCCUGCUUUUGGUAAAAAGCACUAUCCUGGGAGUUUGGGAGCCGAGCUAAAAUUGUAGUGUAGGAAGCACCAUUUCCCCCUCCCUCCCCCUGAGUAAACAUGCUGCUAAUGCUGAAGUUUUAGAAUGGUGUGAAUGGCCUCAACAUAACACCAAUGCAGACAAAGCACUGAUCACUGUGAAAUGAAUACUGUGGCUCAGGGAAAUUGUCCAUAGUGGGAGUCAAUUAAAUCAGAGGUAGAUAACAGGUGGUAGUCCAGAUAUUGCUGAACUACAGCUUCCAGUCUCCCAAGCCCAUCUGGCCAAUGGUGAGGGAUGCUAGGAGCUGUAGCUGAGCAACUCCUGACAUGAUGGAAGUUGCCUGUCCUUGCCAUAAACUGUGAAUAGACAAAAAGUCUUAAUCAGGUCUUUGAUCCACAGUGGAUCUCCAAAUCUGCUCUCAAAAACCCUCUAAGGAAAGCAACUGGAAACAACAAGGAAGCAUCAUUACAGGCCACGGGGAGCCCAGUUAGCCUGUCAGCAGCCACGUUUCUAAAGAGGGUUGAACUUGCUAUUCUCUGCCUUGAACACAGUUGUGGUUCCCUCCAUUGGCUGCUCUCGCAUUGCUACUGCCAGGGAUCAGACUGACAGUUUUAUAAAUGUAAACUUAUGGUUUGCUCCCUGCACAUUACAAAAGCAUACCAGGGGAUAUGGAAUAAACUCAGAACAAUGGGCAAGUGUGCAUUGGGGGAAUCAAACUAAUAUGGUUGCAUAUUUAAAGCAACUCAAAUGUGAACUGCAUUCAUUAUCAAAACUGAAGAGCAGAGUUAUUCAUUACACCCGAAUUCCCCGUGGUUUAUACAUUGUAUAUUUAAUCAAGAUACAAAGCUUGAACUUAAAGCAGGUUUUUGAAUCUUGCAACUUUGUGACAUGUUGCUGACUAGAAUUGGCUGAAUGCUGAUUGCAUUCUGAUGAGUUGGGUCUGGCAGGAUGUUCUAGUAUGGAAAUGUGUGUUCAGUACUUGGCAAACAGUAGUCAGAUAACUGGGAUUCUAGAAUAUCUGCAAAGCAGAUUUGAUGACAUUGAUUUCUAGCUAUUCCUUGCCUCUGCUUUCUAUGAUUGAUUUACAAGUGGGAAACACAAUAUUUAAGAAUUUGAAGAGGGGUUCUAGAUCAAGAUAGGGUAGCAAUCCAAUGUGCCUCAAAUAAAAUGCCAUUUUUAAUUUCCUUAUUGAAAAUAAAGAAAUCUACAUAUUUUAGAUUUUGAUUUCAACUGGUGCUAACAGCUUGAGGAAAAUUGAAAACACAAAAUGGUAAAUACAAUUUAUGUUAUAGCUUAGACAUCAUACUACAUUUUUCAUAUUAAAAUUGCUUUUAACUUUCUUGCAAAAUAUGGUCUUUAAGAAACCAGGCAUUUAUCUGUUUAAAAGUAUUAAGCAGAAUUAUGAAUGAGUUACAAGAAUAUAUAACAUUUUCAGCAUGUAUCAAAGUUUGAAAUAGGAAAAAAGAUUUUCACCGUGGGCUCUGUACUUAAUUAGACCAUUCAGCCACUUCAGGAAACAAAACCUUUUUCUAAACUCCUAGUAUUUUCUCAUGUGAAUUAUAAUCAUAAUUUUGGUUUGAGUUUAAAUAUAUUCUGUUUCUAUGGGAUUUUAUUUAUUAAAAAAAAGCUUGCUCAUGUCAA